GCCGCCGUGUGGGGUGGGGGUCGUGCCUCAGCGGAGAGGGGCUUCCAAAUGGCGGUCGCUAUUUGCCUCGCAGUCCGCUGGCGCUCGGAGCCGGGCAGGGGCCGUCACCUCUCUGAGGGAGUCGGUGCCGGCAGGGCUCGUCGCUAGCGCCGGGAACUUGUCUUUUCCCCGAGACCCAGAGAAGUCUGCUCUCAGCCCCGGGGAUGGCGGCGGGGAGGGGAGGGAUGGCGACCUCUGCCCCGCUGACAGGCCGUGGCGCCCGCUGCGCUGAGGUGGGGGUCGUGGGCUGCCUGGGGCCCGCUUGUGCGGCUGAGGCUGUGCGGGUACCCAGCCUCUGCAGGUGGCCAUCAGCUGUACCUAUUUUUCCAAAAUCUAUAGGUAAGCAGUACUCAAACAGAAAAAAAUCUCCAUGAUUAAAUGAUUAAAAAUGGCAGACGAUACUACAAGGCAAGAAGUAAGUAGGCGUGACACAGGAUUCAGGCACAUCGGGACAAAGCCGUGAAUAACUGAAGAAAAGUCUCUGUUUAUUGCUCAGAGAGACAGUACCUUUUGCUGAGUCCAGCAUAUGGCCAACAGGAGCUAUGUCAGCUGAGAACACAGCAAGUCCUGGAGCAAACUGGAUUAGGAAGCCAUUGUAUGGAUUGUUUCAGUAUAAUUCCAGUAUGAUUGGACUAGAAUCAUUAGCUGAUCCCUCAGAUACCUGGGAAAUUAUAGAGACUAUUGGGAAAGGCACUUACGGUAAAGUCUAUAAGGUUGCCAAUAAGAAAGAUGGGAGUCUGGCAGCAGUAAAGAUUCUGGAUCCUAUCAGUGAUGUAGAUGAAGAAAUUGAAGCAGAAUAUAAUAUUUUGCAGUUUCUUCCCAAUCAUCCUAACGUUGUUAGAUUUUAUGGGAUGUUUUACAAAGCAGAUCAAUAUGUGGGAGGACAGCUCUGGCUAGUACUUGAGCUGUGCAAUGGAGGUUCUGUCACAGAGCUUGUCAAAGGCCUGCUGAAGUGUGGCCAACGGUUGGAUGAAGCUAUAAUCUCAUACAUCUUAUAUGGUGCUCUCUUGGGCCUUCAGCAUUUACACAAUAACCGGAUCAUUCAUCGUGAUGUGAAAGGGAACAACAUUCUCCUGACAACAGAAGGUGGAGUCAAGCUCGUUGACUUUGGUGUUUCAGCCCAGCUCACCAGCACACGGCUGCGUAGAAACACCUCGGUGGGAACACCCUUUUGGAUGGCACCUGAGGUCAUUGCUUGUGAACAACAGUAUGACUACUCGUAUGAUGCUCGAUGUGACGUAUGGUCCUUGGGAAUAACAGCUAUUGAACUGGGGGAUGGAGACCCUCCUUUAUUUGACAUGCAUCCAGUGAAAACCCUUUUUAAAAUUCCAAGAAAUCCUCCUCCUACUUUGCUACAUCCUGAAAAAUGGUGCAGAGGAUUCAACCAUUUCAUUUCACAGUGUCUUAUAAAGGAUUUUGAAAAGCGUCCUUCAGUCACUCACCUGUUGGAGCAUCCGUUUAUUAAACAAGUACAUGGUAAAGAUAUGUCUCUGCAAAAACAGCUGGCUGAGCUCAUCCAAGAACAACAGCAGCUAGGUUCCAUAGCCAAAACAAGGCGUGAACGAAUACAUACUAGAAGACCUUACCAUGUAGAUGGAGCUGACAAGUACUCUCUAGAUGAUGAUCUGGUAAAUCUAGAAGUUCUAGAUGAGGAUACAAUUAUCCAUCAGCUGCAGAAACGCUAUGCUGACUUACAAAUUUAUACUUAUGUUGGAGACAUUUUAAUAGCCUUAAACCCCUUCCAGAAUCUCAGCAUUUAUUCUCCCCAGUUCUCCAAGCUUUACCAUGGUGUGAAGCGUUCAUCAAAUCCCCCCCACAUAUUUGCCUCUGCGGAUGCUGCCUACCAAAGUAUGGUUACAUUCAGCAAAGAUCAGUGCAUUAUCAUCAGUGGAGAAAGUGGUGCUGGAAAGACAGAAAGUGCCCAUCUGAUCGUCCAACAUUUGACCUUCUUGGGAAAGGCCAAUAAUCGUGCUUUGCGUGAGAAAAUUCUUCAGGUGAAUCCUCUGGUUGAAGCAUUUGGGAAUGCCUGCACUGCCAUCAAUGACAACUCAAGUCGCUUUGGGAAAUAUCUGGAAAUGAUGUUUACGCCCACAGGAGCUGUAAUGGGGGCAAAGAUUUCUGAAUAUCUACUUGAAAAAUCAAGGGUCAUAAAACAGGCUGUGGGAGAGAAAAAUUUCCAUAUAUUUUAUUAUAUUUACGCUGGCCUUUAUCGUCAGAAGAAACUUUCUGAAUAUAGACUUCCUGAUAAAAAGCCUCCUAGAUACAUUGAUAAUGAAACUGGAAGAGUAAUGCAUGAUAUUAUUACUAAAGAUUCCUAUGGAAGACAAUUUGAAGCGAUUCAGCAUUGCUUUAGAAUUAUAGGAUUCACUGACGAGGAAGUGUACUCAGUGUACAGAAUUCUGACUGGAAUCUUAAAUACUGGAAAUAUUGAGUUUGCUGCCAUUUCUUCACAACACCAAACAGAUAAAAGUGAGGUUCCCAACCCAGAAGCCUUAGAUAAUGCUGCUGCACUACUAAGUAUUGGGUCAGAAGAACUUCAAGAGGCCCUAACCUCCCACUGUGUUGUAACACGAGGGGAGACUAUUAUCCGAACAAACACCGUGGACAAAGCAGCUGACGUGCGAGAUGCCAUGUCUAAAGCACUUUAUGGCCGGCUCUUCAGCUGGAUUGUAAAUCGUAUUAAUACGCUGCUUCAGCCAGAUAAAAAUAUAUGUAAUGCUGAAAAUGGGAUGAAUGUUGGGAUACUAGACAUAUUUGGAUUUGAGAACUUCGCAAGAAAUUCGUUUGAACAGCUGUGCAUAAAUAUUGCUAAUGAACAGAUACAGUUUUAUUUCAAUCAACAUAUCUUUGCACUUGAGCAGAUGGAAUAUCGGAGUGAAGGAAUUGAUGCUACUGCAGUGGAGUAUGAGGACAACCGUCCACUUCUAGAUAUGUUCCUCCAGAAACCCAUGGGUCUCCUGUCUCUGCUAGAUGAAGAAAGUCGAUUUCCUCAGGCGACAGACCUAACUUUAGUUGAUAAAUUUGAAGAUAACUUACGAUGCAAAUACUUUUGGAGACCAAAAGGAACAGAACUGUCAUUCGGUAUUCAGCACUAUGCUGGAAAGGUGUUAUAUGAUGCCUGUGCAUUCCUUGAGAAGAACAGAGACACUCUUCCUGCUGACGUAGUGGUGCUGUUGCGAACUUCAGAAAACAAACUUCUUCAGCAGCUGUUCUCUAGCCCGUUAACAAAAACAGGUAACUUGGCACAAGCAAGAGCCAGAGUGACAGCAGCAUCUAGGUCUUUGCCUCCACAGCUUAGUGCUGGGCGUAUCAAGUCUCCUAAAUAUCUCCUGAAGGUUGACACGAUGGAGGUUAUGCGACACCCUGAGGAAACAACUAACAUGAAGCGGCAAACUAUGGCUUCCUAUUUUAGGUAUUCCCUCAUGGAUCUUUUAUCCAAAAUGGUUGUUGGACAGCCUCACUUUAUCCGCUGCAUUAAACCUAACGAUGAUCGAGAAGCACUGACGUUUUCUCAUGAGAGAGUUCUACUGCAGCUACGAUACACUGGAAUUCUGGAAACUGUCAAAAUACGUCAAAAAGGGUAUUCUCAUCGCAUCCUCUUUGAAGAGUUUGUGAAAAGGUAUUACUGCCUUGCAUUCAAGGCACAUGAGACUCCCCUUGGUAGCAGAGAAAACUGUCUUGCCAUUUUGGAGAAAUCUAAACUAGACAACUGGAUUCUUGGGAAAACCAAGGUUUUUCUAAAGUAUUACCAUAUAGAGCAGUUAAAUUUGUUCCUGCGAGAAGUUAUAGGGAGAGUGGUGGUCAUGCAAGCCUAUAUCAAGGGAUGGCUUGGAGCAAGGAGGUACAAGAAAGUCAAAGAGAAAAGAGAAAAUAGUGCUGUUACCAUACAGUCAGCCUGGAGAGGAUAUGAAGCUCGCAGGAAGUACAAGGAAAUAAGGAACAGAAGAACUGAUGCCGCUAUACAUAUUCAAGCAGCUUUCAGGGGAUAUCUUGUUCGUAAAAACUACACAAGAUUGAAAAGCAGCACUGGCUGUGUAGCAGAUCCUCAGCUUAAGAGCAGCUGCUCUACUUCUGAUUUUGGCUGUGAAGAGCACUGGCAGCAAACCAGUAACCAGUCUUCUCCUGUGGUGCCUGAUUUUCUUGACAAACAAACAAAAAAGAAGGAUUUGGAUGAGAUUUCUGCUUCUCCAUUUAUUCGAAAACAGUCGUUCGAAAUGAAUGAUUCACAAUCGAUUAGCCAAUCCCAGUCAUUUACAGACCAUCAGUUGUCAAGUCCCUUGAGAUCCCAUAAAAAAGGAGGUUCAGAAAACUGUCUUGAACAGAAGCUGAGAACACCUCGUCGACGAUGUCAGCAGCCCAAAAUGCUGAAUAGCCCCGAGGACAACAUGUACUAUAACCAGUUAAACGGAACUCUAGAAUAUCAAGGGAGCAAGAGGAAGCCAAGAAAACUUGGCCAAAUCAAAGUGCUGGACGGAGAGGAUGAGUAUUACAAAUCAUUGUCAGCUGUUGAAUCUAUCCCUGAAGAUGAGAGCUUUCUUAGUUCCCCAUCUCCUCCUUCUUCAAGAGGUGUGUCUUUUGCUCAAAGCUGAACCUCACUUACUCUAUUGACUAAUACUGGUAAGAGUAUUUUCAUGAUGGUAAUCUCUUCCAAUUAACUUUGUGCGUGUGUUUAUAUAUUAAAAAAUACCAUUUCAGCUAGUAACUUUCUUUCACUAAUUUAGACCUGGUUUUGCAACUGUGGAUUGUCCCAUUUAGCUGUAUUUCUAUAAGCAGUUCCAGUGAAGGGGAGCAGCACUACCUGUAUGUGUUGAUGUUGGUAACGGACACAUUUCUUUAGCAGCAAGGUUAGUUUAUACAGUUCUAACCCCUUCUUCCCUGCUCCCCCCCAGCUGCUGUUCCCACCCUGUGCCAUCCCUUCUGUUGUGCUGGCACAACUGCUGGUAGAGCUGUGUGAAAAAUAAGAUCAAGGAACUGAACUGGAUUAAAAGAACUCUACUAAAAAUUUUCAUUUGGGGUCAUAGUGAAAAUAUUUUGCAUUUCAUUAGACUGGUAUUAAACAUUAUCCUUUAUAACUUUCUGUGCUGUGUAUGGCUUUUAACACUAUAAAAAUGUACAGAGUAAAAUCAUCUAAAAUAAUGAUUGUGACUCAAUUUACCUUGUAAAUAUUUUUCUUAUAAAGUAUUAGUUUACCAUAAGCUUAUCUUGAAGAAUUAUUUCAAAUAUAAGAAGCAAAACAGUUUUAAAGCUAACAUUUCACACACUACUUCAUAUAGUCCUUGUGACUGAAACCAUCAUUAUGACUAGUUAUUCUUGUUAUCCAUGCAAGUAUUUAAUUUCUUUCUUAACCUGUAUUUCUGGGCUCCAGUGAUUCGUACAUUUCCACAGCCCUCUUGUAUGUAGCAGGGAAAAAAAUGUCACCUGCAAAUUUUUCUACUUGCUUUUCACUUUCUUUCCAAAUCCUUAAUGAAACAAUAUGUAACUUUCUGUGGAACGCUGAGAUGCUUUGCUGGUAACUGUUUCCGUGACAGAAGCUGACUAUUUUACCUUACUCUUGUUGUUUCUGAGCCACAGUUUUGAUCUGUGACAAUUCUUUGCUUCUUUUCCAUACAAGCUCUUGUCAAAAACUUUUGGUAAUAACACAUUCAUGUGUACCGCCUUACAAA